AUGAUUGUUUCGCGACGACCCCUGCGGCCCUCGGAGUUCAAAUUCGAGACCAAAUCAUGUCUGCUUUGUCAAUGGCGCACUUUCAGCACCUCGUACCGCCGCCUCGCUGAGAAGGGAACUCCAGCGUCUCCAGCAACUCCUACCCUUCCAGAAUCGCCCCUCGCCGAUGCACCAAGAUCCUAUGGGAAAGCCGUCUCCGAAUUCACCCCAAAGCCUCUAGGCCGACCCAUUGGCCUGCCUAAACCGCCUCAAGCUGGAGAGAAUGCGGGAGUGGACAACAGGAGCUGGAAGCAGAGGAGAGAUGAUUUCGUGGAUUAUGACAAACAUCUUGUCAGGCGGAAACAGCUGACGCAAAAAAUCUCAACACCAUAUUUCCGAGAAUGGAGCAACAUGCGCCUGCACAAGGGGAAAUCAUUCCUCGCACCUCCACGACUCUUUAAAGGCGAACGAGCUCUCUACUUCCCGAAUCUCCAGGGCCAGACUUUAGCCAAAGACAAAUUGACCAAAGAUACGACAGCAGUAUUUGAGGAUAAAGUGUCAAUAGUCAGUGUUUUUAGCAGCGCGUGGGCAGAAAAUCAAGCAGCUACUUUUGCAGCAGAGAAGAACAAUCCGGAACUGCACGAGGUGGUAAAAGGUAGUGGAGGAUUGGCGCAGAUGGUGCAGAUUAAUAUUGAGGAGAACGCUCUAAAGGCUAUGCUUGUCAGGUUGUUCAUGCCGAGUUUGAGGAGGAGGAUGGGCGCUGGAAAUUGGGGACGGUAUUUUCUGGUUCGCAAAGGAGUAUCAGAUGAAAUACGCGAUGCCAUUGGAUUGCUGAAUAGUAAGGUUGGGUAUACUUACUUACUUGAUGGGGAGUGUAGGAUUAGGUGGGCUGGAAGCGGACCAUGUGAAGGAGAUGAGAAGGAAGGUCUGGUGAAAGGCGCCAAACGAUUGAUCGAGGAGUUGAAAGUCAAGCGGAAGGAGAAGAUGAUUCUCAACACCAAGAAGUCUGUAGAAAACCAGACCGCUGCAACGGCAGCAUGA